CGCAUUGGUGGUAAAGGUCGGUGGGAGGAUUGUGUUCGGAGUUCACUUAAAUACAGGACUGACAUCGGUAUCGGGGGGCUGAGACACUGACCGAAUCUACAUGAUCUACAGGCAGCAUGUGAAUGCUAACGUUUGUCGACUGGAAAAUAUACGCACGGGAAAUAUCAGAAAGGCAUCAAAUAGCAUGGACUAAUAGGCUGACUAAAUGGCACAGAUCGCGGGGAGCCUGUCUCUGAAACAGCGCUACGGACCUGCGUGUUAAUGCCGGUUGUCUCGUCCAGCCCGGCGCUGGCGGCUCACUUCUUCCAGUUUGCUGUAUUUCUGCCUGGCUUUUGGGGGGAAUAAAGGUUGGGAUACAUGAUGAAAUUCAAGCCUAACCAGACCAGGACGUACGACUGCGAGGGUUUCAAGAAGCGGGCGGCGUGUCUUUGCUUCAAGAACGAACUCGAAGAGGAGGUCCUUCUGGUGAGCAGCAGCCGGCACCCGGACCAGUGGAUCGUCCCUGGAGGGGGGAUGGAGCCUGAGGAGGAGCCCUGCGGAGCGGCGGUGCGGGAGGUGUACGAGGAAGCUGGGGUCCGAGGGAAGCUGGGCAGGCUCCUUGGCGUGUUUGAGCAGAACCAGGACCGGAAGCAUCGAACCUACGUGUACGUGCUGACUGUGACGGAGACGCUGGAGGACUGGGAGGACUCUGUCAAUAUCGGCCGCAGGCGGGAGUGGUUCAAAGUGGAGGAGGCCAUUGAAGUUCUACAGUGCCACAAGCCGGUCCACGCAGAGUACCUGCGCCAUCUCAAGCUCAGCUGCUCUCCCACCAAUGGGAACUCUCUGCUCCCCCCACUGGCAGAUAACUCUCCCCACUCUGGACUGCCCCCCUCCUGCAGAUAGGGGGCGUUAUGCACAGCGAACACCAGGAGCCUCGUGUAAAAUGUAUCUGUAAAAUAGCGUAUUAGCGAACUAACACGUUAAAGCAGAUGUUUGCAUGAAUUCUUGCAGUGUUGACAGAAAAUGUAUGAAAUUUGUAUUAUAUGACUUUAAGAAACCAAAGCCAUAGUUCAUAAUAUUUGGUUAAAGAUGCCUUAAAUGGCCUUUUCUGCAACAGUG